AUGCAGAGUGGCUAUGAAACAGUUCAUCACUUCUUGGUGCUUAUAACCAAUCCCGAGAGUAAUGAUUCUCUGAUAACACCUGGAGUUGAACCACAGAAUACCAUGAAUGUGACGGAAAUAUUGUCAACAACAGAACCAGCUGUCACUGCCAAUACGGAGGAUACCUUUGGAAAUGAUGAAGAUUACGAGGAAGAAGAAGAGACAAAUGAAGACAAUUAUUCUGAUAAUGGGUAUGAAAGGAGAAAAAGAAGUGUAGAAUCAAUCAAUACAGAAUACAAAAAAAAUCUCAGUGAAUCAGAUUGUUUAUCUAUUCUUUCUUUACAUCAAAAUAAAACUUCUAAUUCUUCUGAAAAUGAAGAGAAUGAUGAGUACGCUAAGAAAUACAAAUACUGUGAAAAUUUGAUGAGGAAUAAUACUAACAAAAAUGGCUCUGGUUUGGAUCAAAAGUUAGAAAAAUCUAAAGAAACCGAUGUAGGAAGCCCCAUUCCAAUUUCUCCCAUUGCUACUACCAAUGAAGGACAUUCCUUAAAAUCUGAGGAUUCUGAAAUGUCAGAGGACAAGUACUCAGAAAAACGAAGUUUUGACGAUUAUUCCCAAUUUCAAUAUCCUUACCAUGACCAUUAUCCUAUCCCAAAUUCACUUGGAGAUCCUGAUAUAGUUCCAAUGAACCGAGCGUCAGAAGGCAAUAUUCCGUACAUACCAAUCUCAGCUCGUACCAGGCAGCCCUACCCUCCUACAGGUCCUGAUGGUUCAAAUUACGGCCAAAGUAUGAAGACAAGUCAACAACUGACUGUCGCUGAUGACCCGAUUUUGAAACGUGUAUGUUUUCGUGCGCAAAACAGUCCAAACCCACAAUCUGUAGUUUGUCUACCCGCAUCAAGAUUAUUUGACCCUAAUCAAAAUCUACAAAAUCUCUAUUCGAGCGGAGAUUUUUCAAACGAUAGGAAGCAGAAAGGUUUGGAUUAUUCUCUCCCCAAUGGGAACGCUGCCUCUAACCUCAAUUCUGAUAAUCGUCAACAAUUUGGGAUACCACCACCUACUAGUUCUGAUAUGCAUCUACCAACAGCAAUUUCUUCUCCAAAUCCUUAUUUCUUUCCUACUAUGAAUGGAGCUCCGAUCAUGAACAAUAUGUACGAUUCUCGCCAGAUCCCUCCUCAUUGGCAUUACGGAAAUCAACCUGGAUUCGUUUCACCGUUCUAUGGAUCUUCUAGAUUUCCUGGAGGCUUUGCAGGUUACCAGCCUCAACAACAGUUCCACAUGUUGCCUCCCCAAUCCGCAGCGGACCUGCUGAAUCCUGUCAUCUGCAUGUACGUCCAGUCCCGAUCUCACCAGUUCCCUAUUGUCAACGGAGUCACAGAGGUGAAGAACAGAAAUGUUGAAAGUGAAAGCCCAUCUUGGCCAGUAAGCAACAAUUCUUCUCAACCAACGUUUAGAUCAGACAAGGGGAUCUGUGGAGAUGAUGAGUUUGAGUGCCGAAAUUCUGAUUCCUGCAUUCCCUUAUCUAAGUGGUGUGACGGUGAAGUAGACUGCUUGGAUGCCAGUGACGAAACUGAAUGUUCCUGCAAACAUCGGGUGGAAAAGCAUCGACUUUGUGAUGGUUACUUUGAUUGUCCUUCUGGAGAAGACGAACUUGGAUGUUUUGGGUGUGACACAGACUCAUUCAGUUGUCAAGAUUGGGAGAGAGGUAGAGAACAGUCCACCUGUGUUCCACUAUCUAAGAUGUGCGAUAAUGUGAUCGACUGCAUCAACCACCGGGACGAGAUGGAGUGCUCCUUACUGUCCGAUUCCAUCGUUCCACACAAGACCCAUUUUGUGUCAUACACCAGAGGGAUUCUCCAUCACAACUGGAAGGGGCGAUGGUACCCAGCAUGCACCGGGCCUAAAGUAACGGAGUGGGCGAUACAAGCCUGCUUAGCAGACGCCGGACCACUGACUGGCUCACAGCUGGUACAAUAUGCUGUUGAGAGAGAAGGUCAAAGACAGAUUCUGACAUAUAGACUUGAUCCGGUGAGACAGUAUGCUGUCAUCAAGGACCAAGAGUUUGUCACUGUGUACAACGUUCUACUAUGCCAACUCGGAAGCACUGCCAGCGAGACUGAGGAACAUGAACGCAGAAUAGACGGAAGUUCCCGCGCAGGCCAUUCAACUGUCAUCAAGGACCAAGAGUUUGUCACUGUGUACUACGUUCUACUGUGGCAACUCGGAAGCACUGCCAGCGAGACUGAGGAACAUGAACGCAGAAUAGACGGAAGUUCUCGCGCAGGUCAUUCAACUGUCAUCAAGGACCAAGAGUUUGUCACUGUGUACUACGUUCUACUGUGGCAACUCGGAAGCACUGCCAGCGAGGAUGAGGAACAUGAACGCAGAAUGGACAGAAGUUCCCGUGCAGGUCAUUCAAUUAAGUACUUAUAUUUCAUUAGAGAUCCGCAUAUCGAGAUGACCUCGACCGAAUACCCAGGACCUUACAUUAUUCCCAACGGACCAGAGAAAUUAACACUCAGCCAAAUGUGCCGGGAUCAGAAGGUGGUUACUUAUGUGACCUGUCCCCCCGUGGAGUGCGGCACCAGGGUCUCUCGUCCGAUGCUAGACUCAUCAGUAAGAUGGCGUGAGGCGAACCAGCGACAGGCAAAGAUGCAGUUGAGAACUGCGGAAACUAAAGAAACCUCUGCGUCUGCAGGAACAGAGGAAGGUUACUGCAAAAGCUGCGGACCGAUUGCUGGAAAAUCGCAAGAGUACCGAACACAGUUUGAACCCGAGGAAGAGCGACUUCGAUGGACCAGGGAUGCUGACGAUAUUCUGGGGGUGGUCGGAGGAAGGAUAAGCCGAUCUCACUCAUGGCCUUGGCUGGUCGCUCUUUAUAGGGAUGGAAGAUUCCACUGUGGCGGAGUCAUCGUCAAUGAACUCUGGGUUAUGACCGCUGCUCACUGUAUGGACCAGUUCAAAAAGCAUUACUUUGAGGUGCAAGCUGGAAUGUUGCGCAGAUUCUCCUUCUCACCUCAGGAACAAACACGAAGAGUCAGUCACGUCGUUCUACACAACCUCUACGACAUGUAUGAUAUGCAGAACGACCUUGCUUUGCUAAGGCUGGGCUCCAAACUCAAGUACAAUCGGUGGGUCCGCCCCAUCUGUCUUCCCCAAGAGGACUUAUCCCAGUACGGGCCACCCCCAGGCUCUCUGUGCACAGCAGUGGGAUGGGGAGCGACCAAAGAAGGGGGACCAGACCCUGAUGACCUCCACGAGGUGAAUGUCCCGAUCUUGCCGUACUGUAAACACCGCUCGGACCAGGAGGGAGCUGGCCUAUGUGCUGGAUAUCUACACGGCGGCCAUGACGCUUGCCAAGGGGACAGUGGGGGACCUCUACUGUGCAGACUGCCAGGUGAAGAGGACCGAUGGUACGUGGCUGGAGUAGUGAGCCAUGGGGAGGGUUGUGCUAGACCUAACGAGCCAGGAGUCUACACCCGAGUAUUCCUCUUCCUUGAUUGGAUCAAGAGUAUAACCAACAAUAGAGGUGCCCUAUCCCCAUCCCUGAUGCCCAUUCAGAAGUGCCCAGGGCUGCAAUGCAACUCUGGCCGACGCUGUGUCUCCUACUCUCGGCUGUGCAAUACCAAACCUGACUGCUUCAAUGCAGAAGAUGAAACGUUCUGUGAGGAAAAUUACUUGAAAGCCACAAAUAAUGGAACCUUUGGUAGAGAUAAUGCUGCUACUCAAACCACACCCGACCCAGCCUCAGACUCUCAACAAACAGGACGAGAAAGGAAUUCAGAAGAAGGCAGAAGUCAGAUGCUGGAAGCAAUAGAUCCAGAAUACCAGGAAUCUUCCAAAGAAGAAAAUGAAAAUGAAAAUUUUGUAGAAAAUGCUAACCCCGAGGAUCCUAGGCUAGAAGAAAAUUAUGAGGAUAAAAUCACAAUCCAUGAAAUAUUUAAUGAGCCAUAUGGAAUCAAGAGCUACGAUUAUAAACAUCAAACUGUAAAUAAAAAUCCUCACGAAGAAAACUCAAACAAAGACCUGAUUGCAGCAAAAGAAGGUCAGGUCGCAAGCUCCAAAGAAGUAGAUCAAAAUGAAAACGAAUCCAGUUUUGGAAGAGCAAGCAAUAAUGAAGAAAACAAAGAACCUGAUGAUACAUUCACUCAUGAAAGUGCUUUCCCGUACUCUCAUGAAUCUAUUUUAGAAAUAACUGAUGAAGAAAACUGCCACUCAACAAAGUCACAAUUUUCUGAGAAAGGAGAUGGAGAUGAUGGCAUUGGUACUUCCACUCCUAACACAGAAACAGUUGCUACUACUUCAUUGGCAGAUGAGGAAACCUCUACUGUUCCUCAUCAAUUCUAUCCUGAAAGUACAACUUUGAGUAUAUAUCAUAACGAAGACACCCAGUUGAUCAAUGAGCUAGUUCAUCUGUACAGCAAUUUAUCAAAGCCAGAAGAUGAUUCAGGUGACUCUCACAGUGUGAAUAUUCCAUCUUACCUUGUUCCCAUAGUGUUUGCAAAUGCAACUUCACAUAGAAAAGACCAUCAUGAAGAACACAAAAAUAUAACAAAAAUCCUGCAUAAUAUUUCAAGAAGUUCAAACAGUGGAAAUGAACAUGAUUAUUUUAAAUAUACUGUGGAAAACAAUGAUGGUAAAGUAACUAUUGAAAAGGAAAGUGAAGAUGAAAGCACUACGGCUGACAUGAGUACAUAUAAACCUCAUUGGAAUGAAAAUGAACAUGAAAGCACUACGACUGACAUGAGUACACAUAAACCUCAUUGGAUUGAGAAUGAACAUGAAAGCACUAUGGCUGACAUGAGUACACAUAAACCUCAUUGGAAUGAGAAUGAAUAUGAAAGCACUACGGCUGACAUGAGUACACAUAAACCUCAUUGGAAUGAGAACGAACACGAAAGCACUACGGCUGACAUGAGUACACAUAAACCUCAUUGGAAUGAGAAUGAAUAUGAAAGCACUACGGCUGACAUGAGUACACAUAAACCUCAUUGGAAUGAGAAUGAGCAUGAAAGCACUACGGCUGACAUGAGUACACAUAAACCUCAUUGGAAUGAGAACGAACACGAAAGCACUACGGCUGACAUGAGUACACAUAAACCUCAUUGGAAUGAGAAUGAACAUGAAAGCACUACGGCUGACAUGAGUACACAUAAACCUCAUUGGAAUGAGAAUGAACAUGAAACCACUACGACUGACAUGAGUACACGUAAACCUCAUUGGAAUGAGAAUGAGCAUGAAAGCACUACGGCUGACAUGACUACAUAUAAACCUCAUUGGAAUGAGAAUAAACAUGAAAGCACUAUGGCUGACAUGAGUACAUAUAAACCUCAUUGGAAUGAAAAUAAACAUGAAAGCAAUAUGGAUGGAGUGAGUACUGUUAAACCUCACUCAUAUGGUAAUAAACAUGAAAAUACUAUCGGUGAAAUGAGUUCUACUGAAUCUAACUCAUAUGAAAAUGCACAAGAAACAACUACGGAUGGAAUGAAAACAUUCAAACCUCACUCAUAUGAAAAUGUUAAACAUAAAACUCUUUCUUCUUACACAACAAAUGACGUUGAAACAACUACCCUGGCUAUAAUCUCUACCACUGUAAAUCAAAUAUCUACAGAAUCAGUGGAAUCCUUGGAUAGACUAAAAAAUGAUAACGGUUUCAAAGAAAACAAUGAAACAAGUUCGAUAGCUGAACACAGCAAAGUUAAAACAAACGAAACAGUAGACUAUGAAAGCUUCUGCAAAGCCUACAUGUAUGGUAAACAAGAAAAAUCAAAGAAUGCAAAUUCAACAGAAGACGUUACAUUGCGAUCUUUAGAUAAAGAAAUUAUGCAUGAAAAUAUCCCAGAUUCCACUGUCAAACCAAAUGAAAUAUUGAAUACUACUAAAGAAGUGAAAAAAGUCAAAAGAAACAGCUUGUUUGUAUGCAAAAGAUACAAACAGCCGUUGCUAAGGAAGCGCCGUUGCGACGGGGUGGUCGACUGUGAAGACGGUUCAGAUGAAGCCAAGUGUUCGUGUAAAGAGCGGCUUUUGAAUCACAACUCUAGCUUGAAUUGCGACGGCCGAAUUCACUGCUACGACCAAUCCGAUGAGAAACACUGUGCAAAUAAUUGCAACAAGACUGCAUUUUACUGUCCGAGAAGUAAAAUUUGUAUUUCUAGAGCACAACGUUGUGAUGGCAUUCAUAACUGUCCUGAAAAUGAGGAUGAGGAAAAUUGCUAUUCUCUGAUGGCAGGGGACAAAAUCAGGCUAGACCGAGCGCUGUUGCCUGAGUUUACGGACGAAGGCAUCGUCAUCGUUAACUCUCCCUCCGGAUGGAAACCACUCUGUGUAAGCCUCAAGUCUGCUCAUUCUGCAGCUUACCGAGCCUGCAACGCUUUGGGUUUCAACGGUUACGAAAAAUAUGAACCAGAAGAUGUUAGGAACGAAACAAAACUGCACUCCUCCAACGUAAAGAAGGCCCCUACAACAUGUUCCGGUCUCAGAGUGAAAUGUUCCUUUGGGAGACCUGACCAGUCUUGGGUCGGAUGGCUCAAGGUGGAGGGAGAAUUUGUAGCUUCCGUUUCUAUGGUUCAUCCCCAAUGGCUACUCUUACACUCAUCAGUCUGUAAACCAUUGAACUUGAAAAAUCAAUACACUGAAGUUACCAUUGGACAAAAUCAAGUGUCAGAUUUUGGUGUCAGGGGAGUCUACGAAGAAUCACGAAGGAUUGACGGCAUAGUAACGUCUGAUUCUUUGUGCCUUCUACACACUGAAAUCCCAUUUAAUCUUAGCCGUCAAGCUCAACCAAUAAAGUUUCCUCUUUUGGACGACAACCACUUGCCCCAGGGUUAUUACGCGGUUGUCUCUUCUCCCAGAGGGUUUUACGAGUUGAAAUUAAACGAAUCACAAAUACCACGAUGUGAUCAAGAGUUAUGCUUCAAAAUAACUCAUAGACCUGCUGAAUGUUAUAAUCUUGGUGGCUUUCAAGAAAAUGGAGUUGUUAUAAUGAGCACUGUGUAUGAAUCAUUUGUGGUCUCUACGUUUGAUUCGUUCCACAUAUUUUGCGACCCAAUGAGUGAAGUUUGUUUGAAAAGGAUUUCUAAAUCUUCUUCUGCUAUUUUGGGCAUUUUAGACAAGGGUCUAGAAGCUCCGACAGCCACUCCACCUUGCCAUGGAAUAAGAUGCGGUAAAUGUGUCAAAUGGGAAGAUGUAGCCAAUGGCGAACCUGAUUGUCCUGAUCUUUCUGACGAAAGUCCUGAAUCAUUCAGGAAACGACAACAGGCAUGCAAGAGUGAUCCCAGUGUUUGUGGUUGCAAAAUGGACCAGGUGAAAUGUCCUAGUGGGGAAUGCAUCAACAAAUCUUCUUACUGCGACGGUGUUAAACACUGCGCAGACGGAAGUGACGAGCCCCCAGGAUGCAGGGACAGCUGUUUGGCUUACCUGCGCUUCGCUUACCCUCGGAAAAUAUGCGACGGAGUCAGAAACUGUUUUGACAAGUCUGAUGAAAACUGGGAAACUUGUCGUAGCAAAAUUUGCACCUUGAAAGAUGCUUUUGUUUGCAAAAGCGGAGGCAAGUGUAUUCCACGAGAGUUUGUUUGUGACGACCAAAAUGACUGCCCUGACGGAGAAGAUGAAGAAAGCUGUGUGUCUAUUUCACAUUCCGGACUAAACGAAGGAACUCUUUCUCAGCAAAACUUUGGAGUUUGGAGUCCAAAAUGUGUGAACAACACUGUCACAGAUUUUACGAGCGUCUGCACCGAGCUGGGCAUGACCGAAGCCGUAACUAGAGAAGUGGUCACUAACAAUCAUACCACCCUUGCGGCCGACAGUUUCACCCCUGUAACUCUUAACAGCAUGACCACCAUAGUGAUACGGAAAGGAAGACCCCUCAUGGAAGUUGACUCCAGUUCUAUGUGUAAAAAUCUGUACAUUAAAUGUUUAUAAAGGUA